AGGUGAGGCGGCGGCGGGCGGAGCGGAGCGGAGCGGCCGCGAUGAGGCUGCUGCUGCUGGCGUGCCUGCGGGCACAGACCGGCAACGCCACCACGGCCACCAGGAUCCGGAAUCAUCUACACGCUGCAGGUCACAUCUGUGUUCUUAAAGAUGCUUUCAUGUAUGAAAGUGCAGCUGAAAUAGCAAACCUGACCUCCUCAGACAAGUUUGAUGCAGCCCUGGCCAUUCACCUCUAUAAAGGAGGCAGACUGCUGCAAGGGAGCAGAAUUCCCUUUGGAAUCAUCUUUGGUGGGACAGAUGUCAAUGAAGACAUCAAGUGCAAAGAGAAACGCCAGGUGAUGGGAGCAGUGCUGGAGAGAGCCAGGUUUGCAGUGGCUUUCACCGUGGAAAUGAAGGAGCUGGCAGCAGCAGAGUGGCCAGAUGCUAGGAAGAAAAUUUAUGUGCAAAGCCAAGGAAUCAAGACUGCACCCAGUGAAACAUUUGACUGGUACAGAUUUCUACAAAAUGCAGGCAUUCCUGCAGACUCAGGCCCUGUCCAUCUGUUCCUCUUGGUGUGUGGGCUCCGCAGAGUGAAGGACCCUCUGUACUUGGUGGAAGCUUUCUCAGAGUGGCACAGAAAGGAUCCCAGUGUCCAUCUGGGCAUUAUUGGACCUGCAGUUGAUCCACUUUUUACCAGUGAAGUGAAGGAGAGAGUUAAAAGGGCGCCCGGCGUGCACGUGCUGCAGGAGCUGCCCCAGCAGGAGCUGCACGCUGCCCUCCGCAGCUGCCUGGCCCUGGUGAACAGCUCCAUCUCCGAGGGCAUGUCUGCUGCCGUCCUGGAGGCGAUGGAUUUAGAAGUUCCAGUGCUGGCCAGGAACAUUCCUGGGAAUGCAGCAAUUAUAAAGCACCAGGAAACAGGGCUGCUGUUUUCAACUCCCCAGGAAUUUGUUCUGCUGUCCAAGAGUUUAAUGAAUGACCCCAUUCUGGAAAAGGAAAUUGUGACCAGGGCCAAAGAGUACGUGGAGAAGCAUCAUUCCUGGGAAGGGGAAAGGAAAACCUACCAGAGCCUUGUGCAGAGACUGCAGUGACCUGGCAGGAGCCAGCAGAGCCCUUUAAUGAUGGGAAUGUGGUUAGGGUUGGGUUUUCCUGGGAUCUUUCUAGAAAAACAGCCAGACAUUGUUACUCUAUUGAACAGCCCACGAGCAGAGCUGCUGCAGGCCCUGCCAGGGCUCAGUUUGGGGCAGCAGCAGGAGGAGGGCAGCCCUGGGCAGUGCCAGGGGAUUGCUGCUCUGAGCCCAGGGCACUCCUGGCACACAGAGUCACAGGAAAUGUUCUGCCCAUGCUGCAUCCCAACCCCUGCAGCACUGCCAGGUGCGCUCACACACCUGCUGAAGCCCAGGUGCACAAGCAGAGGAUGAAUUCUGGACAGCACAGCCUCCUGCAGGCACCCCUGAGGCAGCCCAGGGAUCACAGGCAGC